CGUCGAGCUGGAUGCCCGCGUUGGGGCGUCUCCUUCUGCCGUCACCGGCGUCGAUCUGUCGACAAGAGACACACACUCCGUCUGCGGAAAAUACAUUUUUAUAUCAGUAUUAUAACUUUGAUAUUCGGAUAGAGUAGCUAAGAAAAUGUUACCCUCCGCAGUGAUACUAGAGUUGACAUUGGACGAAGUGAAAUAGUGAGCGGCAUUCGAGAAACGGACAAAAUAAGAAAAAAAAAUAAAUAGACGAAUAAAUGAAUAAAUAAAUAUAAUUCGAUAUUUAUAUAUAUACAUAUAAAUAUAAAGAUAAAGCGCAUAGAAAAAAAUUAAAAAUAGAAUAGUCAAAGUAAAUAAAUAUUACGUGACAAUUAUAUUUUGUACCAUGGUGCCCCCGGAACUCGAGGCUUCAGGCCUCAGCCCGUGACCAUCAGCCCCUUAAAGAUCUGGCUACGACGAUGACGAUUUUCGGAACGGGUAGUCUCAACUGAAAAGCGAGGAAAAUAGGUGUCUACCAUCCGGAGUCACACGCUCCAUGUUCACUCCACCAUCGGUGUCAAGAGAAAAACGAGAGCGGGACGGCGCGUCGAUACCGUCGGCGUCGGAAAAAGACGUUUUUUUGCUACCGGAACGUUCCACCAUAUAACCGGGCUAAUCACCAUCGCUGAGCACGAUGGCUUUGCCCAAACUUGAGUUUCCUAUCGAGUCGAGCACGUCUAGCCCUCGAUAACGAGUGGAAGAAUCUAUACUGCAGCAUCCGGUUCGUUUAGCUGGUACCAUUUUCACGCUGGGAGUUUGGAACCAGAAACGAUGGCCGAUUCACGCGGCUCCAAUCCGAUAAGUCAGUUGUGGAUAGCGGCGGUGUCUCCCGAACCAGACUCAGAGUGCCUCUACGAAGAGAUAUCGGGGUUCUCGGGCGGUCACGCGGAUGCGGAAUUAGAUAUAAACGAGGAGGUCGCAAGUAGUUACGGGGAUCGUCGAAUAAACAAUAACGAGGAAGAAGGGGGAAGAAGGGCCGUUGUCGAGUACACGUCCAGAGUGGAGGAGCAAUAUGUGGUGCGAGGGAGCUACGGGGGGUCAGGACAAGGUGCCGCACUCGACGCGGCUGCCACCCUCAAGCUGACGAGGGGGCGAACCGCUCGCUACGUAUCACCCAAUUAUCAAUACGGCGGUCAUCAUAACAUUCAACGGUCAAGCGGCAGGUCAACACGCCAACAUCUCGGCCGUGGCUCCUUCAGUAAUGAGACGCAGGAAGAAAUACAAGAGGACGAUGAAGCCACUCUUAGGGAGUUGCUUGUAAGUCUGCAGAAGCAGGUCAGCGUGAUGAGUAUGAACUUGAGUGCCAAGCUGGACGAGCUGCAGCGGGGUGACCGCCAGCUAGAAACAACUGUUGCACUAUGUGAGAUUCGUACCCAACUGCAGGAACUCACGAAAAGCGUUGAAUCUUGUCAGAGCGAAGUCAGUGAAGUUAAACGUGACAUGGUUGCGAUCAAGCACGAGCUAGACACGGUUCAGCAGGUCAAAGAAGAGAUAGAAGAAUUACGAGAGUAUGUCGACCGCCUCGAAGAACAUUCCCAUCGAAGGAAGCUCAGACUCCUUGAACAGGGGCUGACGUUGUUCCUGUCGUAUGCAAUUUUGGCAGCCGUUGUCGGGAUGCUCCAAUUCGGAUACAACACCGGUGUCAUCAACGCUCCGGAAGUGAACAUUGAGAACUUCAUGAAGGACGUAUACAAAGACAGGUAUGGGGAAGACAUUGAGGAGAACGCAGUUAAGAGGCUGUACUCGGUGGCAGUUAGCAUAUUCGCUAUCGGUGGUAUGCUCGGAGGAUUCAGCGGAGGGAUGAUUGCCAACAGAUUUGGCAGAAAGGGGGGCUUACUGCUAAACAACGUGCUGGGCAUCGUCGGGGCAUGCCUUAUGGGUUGCACCAAGAUUGCCCAUUCUUAUGAAAUCCUGUUUCUUGGCCGGUUCAUCAUCGGUGUCAAUUGUGGCUUGAACACCUCGUUGGUUCCCAUGUACAUAUCUGAAAUAGCACCACUUAAUUUGAGAGGCGGCCUGGGCACGGUGAACCAGCUCGCUGUUACGGUGGGUCUCCUGGUCUCCCAGGUUCUGGGCAUAGAGCAAAUACUCGGAACAGACAAGGGAUGGCCCGUUCUAUUAGGUUUGGCCAUUUGCCCUGCCAUUCUUCAGCUACUGUUGUUGCCUUUUUGUCCAGAAUCUCCCAGAUAUUUGCUCAUCACGAAGCAAUGGGAGGAAGAAGCGCGAAAGGCGUUGAGGAGGUUGAGAGCUAGUAAUCAAGUAGAAGAAGAUAUCGAAGAAAUGAGAGCAGAGGAACGUGCUCAACAGGCAGAAUCUUCCAUUUCAAUGACAGAACUUAUAUGCAGUCCGACGUUAAGGGCUCCUCUGGUCAUCGGUGUUGUCAUGCAGCUAUCGCAACAGCUGUCCGGUAUUAAUGCGGUAUUCUAUUAUUCUACAAGCUUAUUCACCAGUUCUGGAUUGACGCAAGAAAGUGCAAAAUUCGCAACGAUUGGUAUCGGAGCAAUAAUGGUUGGUAUGACUCUGGUCUCGAUUCCGCUAAUGGACAGAACGGGACGACGCACACUUCAUUUGUACGGCCUCGGUGGAAUGUUCAUCUUCUCUAUUUUCAUCACUAUUUCAUUUUUAAUAAAGGAGUUUUUCGGUUACGUACAGGAAAUGAUCGACUGGAUGUCUUACCUGUCCGUGGUGUCGACGCUUAGUUUCGUGGUAUUCUUUGCCGUGGGACCAGGCUCGAUUCCAUGGAUGAUCACUGCGGAGCUGUUUUCACAGGGUCCUAGACCAGCCGCUAUGUCUAUUGCCGUACUCGUCAAUUGGCUAGCUAAUUUCUUAGUUGGCAUAGGCUUUCCAAGCAUGCAGACUACUCUCGACAACUAUACGUUCCUGCCAUUCAGUGCAUUCUUAGCUAUCUUCUGGAUCUUCACCUACAAGAAGGUCCCUGAGACCAAAAACAAGACUUUCGAAGAAAUCCUUGCCUUGUUCAGGCACGGUAAUGACAGGAGCAGUUUGCGGGAUAGCAGAUUAUAUGGGAGCAUGCUAAACUGUGUGAAUGCGUUAGAGGAGCACAUACCGCCAGCGGAGAGCGCUGCCCUGAUGGUGGCCGAGGAGAAGCCACAUCCUGACUCAUUUGUGUUUGCAGCUGGCUCAGAGCGAUCUUCAAUCGCACCCGCUCAACCGGAGAGACCACCGCCCCCGCUUCCCCCGCCACGAUUUCCGAACAGCGGUGUCUGACAAUGGGAAACUCCUCUUAACAUUGGGAACUUUAUGAUGAUGAACACACCGAUGCCACUACCCCUGCUUCUGAGUACCAACAGCCUAACUUUGGAAAAUCAUCUCUACGAAAUAAUAACGGAACGCAGCAAGGCAUGCGCGAUGUUCCUUAGAAAUAGUUUACGUCGCGCUGCUAAUGCAACGACUCUUAAUUGGAACAUUAAUCCAAAUGAGAGUAACGCACAUUACACGGACUCUUAAGAGAAGUUUAGGUCAUCAGUGCCUGUUUCAGUGGUGUCCAAUUAAAUACGGUCUAAUUCACAUAUAAUAUAAUACAUAUAUGUAUAUAUAUACAUACACAUAUAUGCAUAAAAUAAAAAUUAUAUGUAUAUUACAUAUAUAUAUAUAUAUAGAUAUAUGUGUGUGUGGGUGUGUGUGUGUGUAAUCUACGUACUUAAAAUUCAAAUCAAAGGACAUUUAAAUUGAAGGGAAUAUAAAAAACACACACACUUCAAAUACCUUAAGUAGCUUGUAGCCCCUCGUAAUUAAAUUAUAAUAGUAUAAUAAUUAUUAUAGUGGACAUUAUAGAGGUCUAUACAUAUAUACAUAAUAUUAUGAUAUAUUAAUCGAAAAUGAUUAAUAUUUGUAAUUAAAUGAUCAAUGCUCAUUGAUACAAUCGCAAUUAUUGUGACCACACUGAAUUAUAUAUAUGUAUGUCUAACGGACUAAUAGAAUGAAAAAUUUUGCGAAUAUUAUAUAUACAAGAAAUAAAUGAAUAAACAAAUAAAAUAAAUAAAUGAUAAAAAAGUAAUGAUAAUUUAAAUGAAAUAAAUUUAAAAAAUUGUCGGUGCGAUGGAAGAUUGCUUGAAAUUUGUAACACACGGAUUGCAAUACGUCGUUGACUGAAUAGAUCUGAACCUGAAGGAAACUGAAUUUUCGAAUGAUGAGCUGUAGAAUUAUUGUGAAUUUGCAGAAAAUGAGAAAUCUUCCAUUGCAUUUACACAUUGUGUAUAUACAUGUAUACUUAUAUACCAUACAUCAUAUUCUGCAAGUGUAUUAUAAUCCUCCAUUACUCAGUAGUAUAUAUUAUAUAGUUGAAGUUAUUAUAUAUCUGGUAACGUAGUAUUGUUCCGAGUUGACAUUACUAUUACAUAAAAAUAGGGAUUUAUCUAAACUUUUUAGGGCCUGAAUUAGAUUUCUUUAUAAAUAAAUAUGAUAUAAUAUACGGACAGAAUCGUCUAUUUGACAAUGUUCUUUAUCUUCACUCAAAUUAAAGAAAUCAUUGUUAUUGAAUAAAUACCGAAAACGGUGAGCAGCAAGCGAAAUAAUUGUUUCAAUUUCAACACAUCUCUCGAUUGAAAUUCCAUCACAUUUAUCAAAAUGAUCCUUUUAAGUUAUAGCUACCCGAUAUCGCGUCAAGAUCAAUUAUUGCAGAUGGUGGUUGAAUAAGUUUGUUGUCUUUCUUCGCGUUUUACCAUAACUGAAGAUUUGUAUCCUGAGUUGAGUAAAAAAAAAGAAAUAAAAGUUGGAAAAAAAAUUAUGUACGAUGGUCUGUUUGUACCGACUAUAUUAAUUAAGAUGUAAACUAUUGGAAAUUUAAGGUAAUAAUAUGAUAUAAUAUAAUGAAAACUAGUCUAGAUUCGGUAAAUAAUUGAGAGAAGGGAAAGAAAAAAAUAAAUAAAAUAAUUGACUAAAUAAAUAAAUGAAGAAUUAAAUAAAUGAAUAAAUAAAUAAAGAAAUAAAAAAAAUUCAGUGCUGCGCACCAUAUAACGUAUAUGUAAUUUAAAACGAACUUCUAAUUAUAAGCUGUCCAAAACAUACAGAAUCAGUGAGAAAGGCAAUAAAGCUAUUGAACUGAAAAUAUGCUAAAGUAGGUUUCCUCGCAUUGUGGUACUAUCAGACUUUACGAUAUAAUAUUAAUAACAAUUUAAGUUAGGUAUAGCUACUAGUGAAAGAGUAGCGGAAUCUGAGAAAAAAAUGCUAACAUCCGAUGGAAACCAAUUAAAGGCUAUGCCAACUUAUAUGAAAUAAUAAAAGUGUAGGAAAAAAUAAACACACACGGUCUCUCACUUUGCAUAAUGGCUGUUCAAUAAUUGCGGACCGAGUAAAUGCUAGCAUAUCCAUUUUUAAUAUACUAUAAGCUUAUAAAAAUCAAUAUGUACUGGAAAAUAGAAGCAAUUCGUUUGACUCAAAACUAUAAAUGCGUUAACUCUGCAUUGAAAAAUUAAUUCUAAGUGAUAAUCGAAUAAUAAUUAUUUCAAAGUUUGAAAUACUUUUCAUCUAGUAACUAUAAGGUUCUCAUAUGUUUCAAGGAUCAUGCUAUUCAGCUGGAGUACACGGUACAGCCGUGAAACUGUAAGAAAAAAAUCAAAGACAAAUUUUUUGAAUAAAAUACAAUGUGCAAAUAUCGCCCUAUACAAAUUUAAAUUUCAUAGAAGAUCUUGAGAAAAAUGGCGUGCAUAGAUUGUUUUGAGUCAAUAAAUCAAUAGUAAAGCUCAUAAACGCAAAUUAGAUAGAGCCUUACAAAAGUUUGGAUCAGUCCAUCGAGCAAGUGAUCACAUGAACAAUUUGUAAAAUAAGUUCACUGCCAUACAAAAUAAUUAUUAUGACUUGCGCUCUCACUAAAGCGCCAACGUUCCAAAUGUGGAUGUGUACAGUUAUGUGAAGAUACUAAUUUAUAACAUAAGUAUAAUUACACGAUGAUACUGAAUAUUAUGAUAAUUCAUUUUAUUGUUUCUAUUAUUAUGAUUAUUAUCAUUAUUACGUAUAGAACUAAUUAUUACAAUAUGGUGAUAUCAAGAACGAUAUACAUAUUUAGACUAAAGAUAAAUUAAUUACAGAGCUACUAUAAAUCGAAUAGAAAUGAAUAAUUUUCAAGAAUCUAAUAAUAUAGGUUGUGCCUAGCUACCCAGAAAUUAUGUGGGUGAUCUGCACCUAAAACAUAAUUAUGUUCGGAAAAACUAGCAAAUCUCUGAAAAAUCUACCACAAAUUGUUUAAAAGUUGAGUUUUUCAUUUUUUUGAAUCCGCAUAAGGCUCUGUAAUUGAAGUUCAUGCUAGUAGCCAAUAAUCACAAUAACAUACAAUAGAGUUUUACGAAACAACCUAUACUUACCUAAUUUGUAGAACCAAUAUUGUACAGUGCAUAAUAUUCUAAUCUUACCGAAACUUGCGCAGUUGUUUAAUAUCAGUUUAUAGAUAAACAUCUCUUCGUAGAAUCUCAGAAUAAUUUGCUUCUUUACAGUGUUUCUUGGCAAUCUACCUAUUGAUAUUUUAUGCUAGUGAAAAAUACUAUUGAAUACAUGAAUUUGAACAACAAUUUUAUCUGUAAUAGGCAGGCUACAUAUUUUGAAUGUACAUUGAAGCAAGUUUCUCAUGUUUUCUGAUUUGAAUUUAUUUAAUUCUGUGCAAAAAUAUUGAAUAAAAAUAUUGAUAAUAGCACGUUUUAUCUAUGA